AGGAACCGAUGUUGGGUGAAGAUUGAGGCCCUCAUAAAACCUCAAUAAACUCCGAUUUAUUCAUAUUUCAUUGUCUGACAGUUAUAUUUCUGACUUUGCAAGUGUUCAUAUAUCAUGGAGAUUCUCUCUGAUGUGGCUAAAUUCAAUGCCCAAACUGCUGGGAGAGAUAAAUUCUGCAGAUUGGUCCAGUACUCCAGCAAGCUCACUUGGUGGUACUUUGAGAAAGUUGACAAAGAUAAAGAAUGGAUCAAGACAUUAAAAAACCUGGAAUCCGUCAUCAGUAGUACUAGGAAGUUGCUUCGAUUUGGGAAGAGUCUGGACCUUCUUCAGGCUUCUUUACGCUCCCUUCACAUUGGUGACAUUGUCUUCCGCCUUACAAUCACGCUUUCCAAGAUUACCCAAGGUCUUUACCUCCUUGUAGAUCAUGCGAUAUGGCUUAGCCGGGUGGGACUUUUGAAGAUGGAUGCCAAGAAACUUAAUGAAACUGCAGCAAGGUUUUGGAUUACUACAAUAAUCAUGGGUUUGACCAGGGAUGUCUAUGAGAUUCUUACGAUUCUUAACCAGCAGUACAAAACAAGGGAGAAGCGCAAAAUGAGAAGUCAGUAUACAAAUGGAGUUGCCAACCAGACCUUUGUUACAAGACCAACAAUGUCACACACAGAAUUAUUUGGGAAAUUUGUUGUGGAGAAUAAACCAUUGCUUUUGGACACUGCUAAGAAUGGAGCUGAUUUGUUCCUUCCAAUGUCUACUUUAGGUUAUAUUAAAGUGUCGCCUGGGUUUCAGGGUGUGUGCGGCAUAAUCUCUUCAUUAGUGGGGAUUUUAACUGUGUGGAACUCUGGCUACAGGCUAGUACCAUCAUAAGGACUUUCUUGUAUGAAAUAAACUGUAAACUAGGUCAGGAGCUGUUGUACAAACCUUGAUGGGCAGUUUAUUUUUCAAGAAAUUGAUUUGGGUUUAUUUAUAAUAUAGAUAUGUUUAUGGAAAUGUUAUGCCACCUUGUCAGAUGUGAUGGCUCCUGACUGAGUUUACAGUAUAAAGGACAACAUUUGGUGCUGUAUGCUCUCGCCUUGCAAUAGACAUUUUAUGUAUUCAUUAUGCAACUGACACUUGUCGCAUUAACUGAUCAGUGAAAGUUGACACGCCAUCCUAAUUCACAUUGGUGUUUGGUCAAAAUGUCAAAGUGAGGACCAGUUAGGUUUUUUUUCCAUUUAAUUUAAUUAUUUAUUGAUUGAAUACCUGUACAUAGUCAUCCUUGUAAAAUGCAUUUAAGUAUAAAAGCAAAUGAUUUAGUUAUGUGAGAAUUUUUAUGGAAUGAAAUUGAAACUAUUAGGACAUGCACGUAUAGGUUUGGUAUUUGUCUCUUGAAAUAAAGGUAGAUCAGGUGUAGGUCUUGCAAGUACGUGUACCAGAAAAUGUAAGACUAGGAAGGAAAUGUCUUCAACAAGACAUCUGCUGUAGUGUUGACCAGAGGAUCAUUUACUGUACCCAUGUCUUUCAGUCAGUAUUUUAGAUUUUAGAUAUUUAUCCUCAAAACAAGCCAAGGUGUAAACAUGUAUCUUAAGGGCUGUAAUUUGAUGCAUGAUUUACAUAUCAAUAAAUUGUGUCCGAAUGUCUUUCUGGUAUCUGUAUAUUAAUGACCAAAUAUCUGUAUAUUAACGAACAAAUAUCUGUAUAUUAACGAACAAAUAUCUGUAUGUUAGUGAUCAAUUCUCAGUAAAU